AAAAUUCUGCUACUCCAUACUUACAAGCGGCACUAUUCCAUCCAACAAUAAUAAUAUCCUUUGAUUGAUUACCCUGUCUACUUUUCUUCCUGUUUGUUGUUUAUUGUUUCUUGAAGCAUGAAGAUCUUUAUCAUCGGAGCCGGCAUCUCCGGCCUGGCAAGCGCUCUAGCGCUGGCGCACGAGCUGCCCGACGCGGAGAUCACCGUCUUCGAGCGGCACGAGAUCCUGUCGACGUCCGGCGGGGCGAUCAACCUGACGCCCGUGGCGCAGCGGCAUCUGGCACGGCUGGGGGUGCUGGAGGAGCUGGGCAAGAUGGGCGGCGCGGGCGGGAUCGAGGUCUCGGCGAUCGAGCUGUUCAGCCUGCACAGCGGACGCGGGCUGGGCAAGAUCUCCUUCACGGACGCGCAGGGCGAGGCGAUCGGCGGCUUCAAGGGCCGCCGCGUGAUGCGGAUUGUGCUUUCGGUGGCGAUGCUGGCCGUCGCGGAACGCCACGCGCAGAUCUCGGUCGUGUUCGGCAAGAAGCUGGUCGACGUCGAGCACGACGACGAGAAGGACGAGAAGAAGGCCGGCGGCGUGACGGCGCGGUUCGACGACGGCACCGCCGCCACGGCCGACCUCCUGUUGGGCUGCGACGGGGUGCAUUCGAGCGUGCGGCGGUUCGUCGAUCCCGCCUGCGUGUCCGAGUAUACGGGCAUCUCCUUCAUCCAGACCACCAUCGCGGCCGAGACGAUGACCCGCGCCCGCAAACACUUCCACACCAGCGCCAUGCACGUCUCCCGCCACGGCUCGCUGCUGACCUCCUUCUGCGACGCCGAGCGCGAGACGCUCUUCGUCGCCGCCAUCGUGCAGAUGGAUGAGCACAGCAUCGCCUCCCUCCGCCUCGAGCCCCUGCAGGACGGGCGCACGCAGCAGGCCAUCAAGUCCGCCAUCCGCCAGGGGGUCGUCGACCGCUUUGGCCGUUCCGCCAUCCCGUGGGUGCGUGAACUGGUCGCCCAGGAUGCCGACUGGAUGGUCUAUCCUGUCUACCAGGUUGAGCCUGGCAGUCGGUGGUGUUCCAACCGCAUCGUCCUUCUCGGCGAUGCCGCGCAUGCCGUAAGUCGAAUAUAAAGUCUCAAGUACUAUGAAUCUUGAUGAUAGUACUGAUGCCAGUAGAUGCCCCCCCGCGAUGAAUCGGCGGCGUUUGCCCUCGACGACGCCAUCCUGUUCGCGCGCAUCCUGGGCCAGACGGUCGAGCAGGGCGGGUGUCUGGAGCAGGUCUUCACCACCUACGAAACACUGCGGC